AUGUCUAGAAAACUGUCUAAUGUUAUUACCAGUAAUAAAGGUAAUUCUAUGGAAUUAUUUGUAAAUGUUUUAAAUUGGGCAAUACCUAAAACAGAAGUAAAUGAAAUGCUGAAGAAAUAUAAUGUUGUUUCUUUGGAAUGUUUUGUGAAAAAUUACCGGAUAUAUAAGGCAGAUAAGAUGAGAAAUAUACUUAGUGCUGUUGUAGGUAUUGUUGUGAAGAAACAUUUUAAAUGUGUUAUUCUUAAGAAAUCAUAUUUCUUACAAUGGGAUAUUUCAGAUUUUAUGGGCAAUGUUGUUUCUGUAUAUGUUAAUAUAAAUAAACAUACGAAUAUUGAAUUUAUAGAAGAAGGAAAUUUGGUAAUUUUAGUUAAUCCAGAUAUUCAUAGAAGAAAUGAAUAUUCUGGAGACGAAUCUAUAGAUUUCUACAAUUUACACGACAUUAUAAAUGUUGGUAAAGUUGCUUAUAUGCAUAAAUGUAAGGCAAGAAAUAUAUAUAAUGAUACAUGUCCUUAUUUAUUGUAUGUACCUAGACAAGGAUACUUUUGUUCUCAUCAUAUUGGUUCUCAAAGUAGAUCUCAAUCUUAUUCAGCCGAUGAAGGGAAAAAUUGUUUAGUGUUUGAGUUCCCUAUUAUUCAUAACACAGAAGAAGAUAGCACAGAAGAAGAUAACACAGAAGAACAAAACAAAAGAAGACAUAACGCAAAAGAAGAUAACACACAAAAAUUCUCACAUUCUACCCACAAAUUACAUGCAAAUUCUUUAAUCAAACCUAUUCCUUGCAAAAAAACCAAUUUUAAGAAUUCCAAUCAUCUAGAUAAUGAUAUGUUAUCUGAAUAUAAUUUAAAUGCUAACUAUGAUUCUACAUCUGAUAGUAUUCAUUUCUAUGAAUCAUUAAGUGAACGAAAUGAUACCAAUUUCUUAAGUUCAUCCAAAGAAAAAUCAAAACAAAAUCCACUACAACUAUCACGUGAAACAGUUAGAGUGCAAAAACCAUUCGAAGGAAAAAAUGAAAUAAAUAAACCAUCGGAUGAAUUUUGUUAUGUACACCAAUCAUUAUAUGAAUUAAACAAACUUCGUAAUCGAUCAGAUCAGGCAUAUAUAGCACAUAAUACGUCAAGUAGAAAAUUUGGAGCACAAAACAUGUCAGGUGGAACAUAUCAAGCACAAAACACGUCGGGUGGAAUGUAUGAAGCACAAAACACGUCAGGUGGAAUAUAUGGAGCUCAGAAUACGUUACGUGAAACAUAUGGAGCUCAGAACACGUCAGGUGGAAUAUAUCAAGCACAAAACACAUCGGGUGGAAUGUAUGAAGCACAAAACACGUCAGGUGGAAUAUAUGGAGCUCAGAAUACGUUACGUGAAACAUAUGGAGCUCAGAACACGUCAGGUGGAAUAUAUGGAGCUCAGAACACGUCAGGUGGAAUAUAUGGAGCUCAGAAUACGUUACGUGAAACAUAUGGAGCUCAGAACACGUCAAGUGGAACAUAUCAACCACAAAACACGUCAAGUGGAACAUAUCAACCACAAAACACGUCAAGUGGAACAUAUCGACCACAAAACACGUCAAGUGGAACAUAUCAACCACAAAACACGUCAAGUGGAGCAUAUCAACCACAAAACACGUCAAGUGGAACAUAUCAACCACAAAACACAUCAAGUGGAACAUAUCAACCACAAAACACGUCAAGUGGAACAUAUCAACCACAAAACACGUCAAGUGGAACAUAUCAACCACAAAACACAUCAAGUGGAACAUAUCAACCACAAAACACGUCAAGUGGAACAUAUCAACCACAAAACACGUCAAGUGGAACAUAUCAACCACAAAACACGUCAAGUGGAACAUAUCAACCACAAAACACAUCAAGUGGAACAUAUCAACCACAAAACACGUCAAGUGGAACAUAUCAACCACAAAACACGUCAAGUGGAAUAUAUGGAACUCAGAACAUGUCAAGUGGAAUAAAUGGAACUAAGAACAUGUCAAGUGGAAUAUAUGGAACUCAGAACAUGUCAAGUGGAAUAUAUGGAGCACAUAAAUCAUGCGACGGAACGAAUAGAAUGUUGAAAAGUUUAAAUAGGGAAAAAAAGGUAGAUAAUUUAUCAUAUAUUAAAAAUAUUUUACAACAACAACUAUUUCCUAAGGAAAAAACAGGUGAAUCGUUAUCCUAUAUGAAUCAAAUACAAAAAUUACCAUUUAAAAGAAGUAGAAUAAUACAUACUUCAGAUGCUAUUAAAGAAAUAGUACAACCACAUCAAAGAAAAAAGCUAGUAGAAAAAAAAGGAUGUGAAAAAAACGAAGUAGAAAAAAAAGGAUGUGAAAAAAACGAAGUAGAAAAAAAAGGAUGUGAAAAAAACGAAGUAGAAAAAAAAGGAUGUGAAAAAAACGAAGUAGAAAAAAAAGGAUGUGAAAAAAACGAAGUAGAAAAAAAAGGAUGUGAAAAUAAAGGAUGUGAAAAUAAAGGAUGUGAAAAAAACGAAGUAGAAAAUAAAGGAUGUGAAAAAAACGAAGUAGAAAAUAAAGGAUGUGAAAAUAAAGGAUGUGAAAAAAAGGAAGUAGAAAAAAAAGGAUGUGAAAAUAAAGGAUGUGAAAAUAAAGGAUGUGAAAAAAACGAAGUAGAAAAAAAAGGAUGUGAAAAUAAAGGAUGUGAAAAAAACGAAGUAGAAAAAAAAGGAUGUGAAAAAAAGGAAGUAGAAAAAAAAGGAUGUGAAAACAAAGGAUGUGAAAAAAAGGAAGUAGAAAAAAAAGGAUGUGAAAAUAAAGGAUGUGAAAAAAACGAAGUAGAAAAAACAUCAUAUGAACAAAAUGAAGUAGAAAAAACAUCAUAUGAACAAAAGGAAAUAUUACAACUUUUACAAAAAUUCAAUAAACUAUUUCAAAAACGAAGUAGCAAAGAUCAUAAGAUGAAAAGAAAAAGAGGAAGAGAAGAAGAUGAUAAUAAAUAUUCAUCUGAUUCAUUUAUAAAAAGAAAAAAAUGUUCAAAAAUGAACCCCCACAAUGCUAGAGAAGGGGGGUGCGGUACAUAUCUAAAAACAGAAGACAAAUAUGGAAAAAUGAAUAUAUUUAUUAAUGGAAAUAAAAUGAACCAAAACAAACAGCUUCUUCCAGAAAAUGAAGAGAGAAAGGUUAAAAAUAUUUUGGAUGAGAACAAAAAAGAAAUAGAUAAAAAAAGUACUAAUUAUGAUGUAUAUAAUGAUCUAAAUAAUUGUGGACAUAAAAAUGUUAUUUGUAUUGAAUGUUUGAAUCGAUAUAGAAGAAAAAAUGAUAGCGCUGAAAAUUCUAAUGAAUGUGGAAAACAUAUAUAUGGAGAAGAAAAAAAAACAGAAGAUAACAUAAAAACUGUAAUAUUAGAUUGUGCAAGAGAAAAUGAUAUAGAAAUAGAUAUGGGAGAAGAAAUUAAAAAUAAUGAAAAAUUCAUUGAUGCAUCAGUUGGAUAUGAGAAUAAAUUAAAUACAAAUGGAAAUGAAGAAAAUACUGAAACACUUUAUUUAAUGAGACCAUUUCAUGCAAUCUUAAAUGAAAUUGAAAAUGCAGAAAAAGAAGGUGAAAAGGGAAUAGAUAAAAUUGUUAUGAAUAUAAAAAAUAUUACAAGAAAUUUCAUAUAUUAUGCAGAUGAUUUCAAGAAUACAAGAAUUAUUAAAAUAUGCGAAAGAUUGAUGUUACACAAAUCUAUGUAUAUAGCAAUAUUAGCUUUAGAUCUUAGAAGAAAAAUAGGAAACUUAAAAGAAAAUCAAGAAGUUGAAACGAAUGUACAAAUAUAA